AGCCCACAAUGGUGUGAGCUCCGGGGGCUGCCAGCCGCCCUGCAGUCCCCGGCCCGCCCCGUCUGGGACCCAGGAUCGCUCAGUGCGGAACUUGGACCGGGAGAGGAAGAGGACAAGGAGAGAGCUGGGCCUUUCUGACCAGCACCCUCCGGGGCAGCUGCCUGUGUGGAGCGACACAGACAGCCAGACCCAGGGCGGCCCCUCCUGGCUACCCUGCUCCUCCCAAAGGAUGCUUUGGGCGUGAGGCCACUCCUCACCCCGCAGCCCCCCACUCUCUCCCCUCUCCAGAGGCUCCCGCGGCCCACAGCGGGUCGUUCCUGCCCUCCUACCCAGCGGCUUCCCCGUUUCUGGCCAGCGAAGACUUUCUGAUAUCAGGAGAGGGCAGUGAGGAGGACUUCCUGGAAGGGGUGACAGCCCAGGGUCUGGACCUUGCCCACACCCGAAGGCAUCAACAGCAAGGACACCAUGCUGCUUCUGCAUGCCAUGCCAGCUCCUGUCCUCAAAGGCCAGGCGCUGUUGCUGCCCCUGCUGGUGUUGCUGGGACCACAGGCUUCCCGGGGUCUGGUCGUCAUUCCUCCGGGGCCGGAGCUUGUCCUCAAUGUCUCCAGCACCUUGGUUCUGACCUGCUCGGGUCCAGACCCGGUGGUGUGGAAACGGAUGUCCAAGCAGCCUCCGCAAGAAAUGGUCAGGACCCAGGAUGGCAAUUUCUCCAGCAUCCUGACGCUGACCAAUGUCACUGGGACAGACACGGGAGAAUACUUCUGUGCCUAUAAUAACUCCCAUGAGCUGGAGGCUGGUGAGCAAAAACGGCUCUACAUCUUUGUGCCAGAUCCCACCAUGGGCUUCCUCCCGAUCUUCCCCGAGGAAUUUUUCAUCUUCCUCACGGAAGUAACCGAGACCACAAUUCCAUGCCGAGUGACGGAUCCACAACUGGUGGUGACACUGCAUGAGAAGAAGGUGGAUGACCCACUGCCCAUCCCCUACGACCACCAACGUGGCUUCUCUGGGACCUUUGAGGACAAGACCUAUGUCUGCAAAACCACCAUUGGGGACAAGGAGGUGGAUUCCGAGCCCUACUAUGUCUACAGCCUCCAGGCGUCAUCCAUCAACGUCUCAAUGAACGCAGCGCAGACGGUGGUCCGCCAGGGUGAGAACAUCACCAUCACGUGCAUUGUGACCGGGAACGAGGUGGUCAACUUCGAGUGGACAUACCCCCGCGAGGAGAGUGGGCGGCUAGUGGAGCCAGUGACCGACUUUGAUAUUCCCCACAUCCGCUCCAUCCUGCACAUCCCCAGUGCCGAGCUGGGCGACUCGGGGACCUACAUCUGCAAUGUAUCUGAGAGUGUGUACGACCAUCAGGAUGAAAAAGCCAUCAAUGUCACCGUGGUGGAGAGUGGCUACGUGCGCCUGCUGAGGGAGCUGGACGCUGUACAGUUUGCGGAACUGCACCGGAGCCGGACCCUGCAGGUGGUGUUCGAGGCCUACCCGCCGCCCACUGUCAUGUGGUUCAAGGACAACCGCACCCUGGGCGACUCCAGCGCCGGCGAGAUCGCCCUGUCCACGCGCAAUGUGUCCGAGACUCGGUAUGUGUCAGAACUGACCCUGGUGCGGGUGAAGGUGGCUGAGGCUGGUCACUACACCAUGCUGGCCUUCCACGAGGACGCUGAGGCCCAGGUCUCCUUCCAGCUGCAAAUCAACGUGCCUGUCCAUGUGCUGGAGCUGAGUGAGAGCCAUCCUGCCAAUGGGGAGCAGACAGUCCGCUGUCGCGGCCGGGGCAUGCCUCAGCCGCACCUCACCUGGUCUAUCUGCAGUGACCUCAAAAGAUGUCCGCGCGAGCUGCCACCCACGCUGCUGGGGAACAGUUCCGAGGAAGAGAGCCAGCUGGAGACUAACGUGACGUACUGGGCGGAGGAGCAGGAGUUCGAGGUGGUGAGCACGCUGCGCCUGCGCCGCGUGGACCAGCCACUGUCUGUGCGCUGCACGCUGCGAAACCUGCUGGGCGAUGAUGUGAAGGAGGUCACCCUGGUGCCCCAGUCCCUGCCCUUCAAGGUGGUGGUGAUCUCGGCCAUCCUGGCCUUGGUGGUCCUCACGAUCAUCUCCCUCAUCAUCCUCAUCAUGCUCUGGCAGAAGAAGCCCCGCUAUGAGAUCCGAUGGAAGGUGAUUGAAUCUGUGAGCUCCGAUGGCCAUGAGUACAUCUACGUGGACCCUAUGCAGCUGCCUUACGACUCCACCUGGGAGCUGCCCCGGGACCAGCUUGUGCUUGGACGUACCCUCGGCUCCGGGGCCUUUGGGCAGGUGGUGGAGGCCACGGCUCACGGCCUGAGCCAUUCUCAGGCCACUAUGAAAGUGGCCGUCAAGAUGCUGAAAUCCACAGCCCGCAGCAGUGAGAAGCAAGCCCUCAUGUCAGAGCUGAAGAUCAUGAGUCACCUCGGGCCCCACCUGAACGUGGUCAAUCUGCUGGGAGCCUGCACCAAAGGAGGACCCAUCUACAUCAUCACCGAGUACUGCCGCUACGGGGACCUGGUGGACUACCUGCACCGCAACAAGCACACCUUCCUGCAGCACUGCUCCGACAAGCGCCGCCAGCCCGGCGCCGAGCUCUACAGCAACGCUCUGCCCGGCGGGCUCCCGCUGCCCAGCCACGUGUCUCCCGGGGAGAGUGACGGUGGCUACAUGGACAUGAGCAAGGACGAAUCGGUGGACUACGUGCCCAUGCUGGACAUGAAAGGAGACAUCAAAUAUGCAGACAUCGAGUCCUCCAACUACAUGGCUCCUUACGAUAACUACGUCCCCUCUGCUCCCGAGAGGACCUGUCGAGCGACCCUGAUCAACGAGUCCCCAGUGCUUAGCUACACGGAUCUUGUGGGCUUCAGCUACCAGGUGGCCAAUGGCAUGGAGUUCCUGGCCUCCAAGAACUGUGUCCACCGAGACCUGGCAGCCAGGAAUGUGCUCAUCUGUGAGGGCAAGCUGGUCAAAAUCUGUGACUUCGGCCUUGCUCGUGACAUCAUGCGGGACUCGAACUACAUCUCCAAAGGCAGCACCUUCCUGCCACUGAAGUGGAUGGCCCCCGAGAGCAUCUUCAACAGCCUCUACACCACCCUGAGCGACGUGUGGUCCUUUGGGAUCCUGCUCUGGGAGAUCUUCACCCUGGGUGGCACCCCUUACCCGGAGCUGCCCAUGAACGAGCAGUUUUACAAUGCCAUCAAGCGGGGUUACCGCAUGGCCCAGCCUGCCCACGCCUCCGAUGAGAUCUACGAGAUCAUGCAGAAGUGCUGGGAAGAGAAGUUUGAGAUUCGCCCCCCCUUCUCCCAGCUGGUGCUGCUUCUGGAGAGGCUUCUGGGCGAGGGUUACAAAAAGAAGUACCAGCAGGUGGACGAGGAGUUUCUGAGGAGCGACCAUCCCGCUGUCCUUCGGUCCCAAGCCCGCUUCCCUGGCUUCCAUGGCCUCCGAUCCCCCCUGGACACCAGCUCAGUCCUCUAUACUGCUGUGCAGCCCAACGAGGGUGACAAUGACUAUAUCAUCCCCCUGCCCGACCCCAAACCUGAGGUUGCUGAUGAGGGCCCAUUGGAGGGGUCCCCCAGCCUUGCCAGCUCGACCCUGAAUGAAGUCAACACCUCCUCGACCAUCUCCUGUGACAGCCCCCUGGAGCCCCAAGAGGAUCCAGAACCCGAGCCCCAGCCUGAGUCCCAGGUGCAGCCAGAGGCAGAGCCGGAGUGGCUGCCGGAUUCAAGCUGCCCCGGGCACCGGGCUGAGGCAGAGGACAGCUUCCUGUAGGGGGCUGGCCCCCACCCUGCCCUGCCCGAAGCUCCCCCUCUACCUCCCAGCACCCUGCGCCUCCUGGCCUGGCCUGUCGGGCCUCCCAUCGCUGUCCUAUCAGCUUUUGCUCCUGACAUGUUGCACCCCAACCCCUGGGGCUGGCUUAGGAGGCCGGAGACCUGCAGUGGCCAUGACCAGCCCUCUGUUCUGGGGAGGCCACGUGACUCUGAGCCAGAGUUCUCCCAAAGGACUCAGUUGGCCCAUCUGUAAGAUGGGGAAGUCGGACUUGGUGACCCACAAUCUGGGAUUCUCCCCCUGGCUGAUGGGGGGUGGGGGUGGGGAAGCUGGAAUCCCAGGAGAUUCUCAAGGUUCAUGAAGUGAUAGGGGAACUUUUUUCUGUUCUGCCAGCUACCCCUCAAGGAGAUCAGCUCUCUCCUUGUACUUUAUCUGCCCCAACGCUGGGGAGGGGACCUGGUGUCCCUGGCUCCUGGCUUAGCUGGGGCCUGGCCUCGGACAGUGUUGCCUCCUCCCUCGAUGCCAGUCUUCACUCUCCCAGGCCCAAGCUGGUCUGGGGCCGUCCAUGCUUAAUGAGAGGUAGGGGCUGAGCCAAAGCCAGGACAUUCUGGCCUGUAGCCCCUGCGCCAGGCACACGGAGCCACCUCCCCAUACAGAGUGCCCUGUCCAUGCCUCCGGGCUCCUGCGUCCUGGAGUCUUUUCCCUCAUCACUGCCAGUCUUAUUCCAGGGCCGGACAGACCCACAUCUGUGAUGAGUGUGUGACGUGCUGUGCGAAGUGUCCACACGUGAGGACCAGUUUGUGGAUCGUAUGCGCACUGGACCCGCCGAGAGACCUUGCAGGAAUCCCUGGCCCUCUCUGGGCCCAUUUUCCCUGUUGACAUGAGCAGGGUGGACUCACUGACUUCUGGUGCCUACCAGCAUGAACAUUCCUGGGGGUGCACACUUGCCCACCCCCCCACAAAGCCACACACCCCAAACCUCCAUCCUGGGGGUCAGCUGGGAUCUGAGAUUCCAGUCCACAUACCACACUCCAGGCAUUCAGCAACCGUGCCCCUUCCCCAGGCCCCGGCAAGUCCCCAAAGGCCAGCUGCCCGGGCCUUGACUCGAGAGACAGCAGGGACCCGGGAAGACCAUGGGAGCCCCUUCAGCACCCACAAUGACCUCCGGAGCUGCCCGGGGCCAAGGAGGCGGAGAGGGCAAGUCAGAGCACCCGGUGCGCCUCCCGCUCCAACACUGCCGAAGCCUGCCAGGGCUGUGCCGGAGACAAUGCACAGGUAGGGCCCCCGGGGGCCCUGGAAAUGACAAGAAGUCUUGGAGGGGAGCCUGAGAAAGGGGUACAAGAGGUGGGUACCCUGAGCGUUGCCUUCUCACCUUCCAGCUGCCCCAUCCCUGGGGUCUGGUUUGUCACUGCCCAGGCCCACUCACCUCAGUGUCUCUGCCAGCCCCCCAGCCCAGUGGGCAUCGAAGUGCUCAAGGAGUGAGGGCUGUGGCCAAGACGGCAGGGGGUGAAGGGGGUGGCACCACCCCCUGUGCUGGUUGGCACCUCCCUGCCCCGGGCCCCCGAGGAGAGGGACUGGGCUCUCACUACGGUACCAAAGAUGUAAUCACCUAGGUUUACAAGUAUUUUUAGGACUCACAUUAACUCACAUUUAUACAACAGAAGUGCUGUUUUAUACGCCAUCAAAAUUUCCUAUCCGUGUACUAUUUUGUAAGGGAAAGAUUUUAAUAUUAAACUGGUGCUUCUCACAGA